UGAAACACCAUUUGUGUAGCUAACGAAGGUGCAGUUUUCAUUGAUACCAUCAGCGAACUCCCUGCCAGGAGGUUACCUCUGCUGAAAUGGCCACUGGCUAUAGUGUACCUGGGCCACAAUCUCGUAGGGAUGAGAAAUCUGAGACGAAGCGUGUCAAGGAAAAGCGCAGCGAAGAGAAGCUUGGCGAACCUCCGUCCGAGGUGGGGCUGCACGGGAAGAGCAGCAAGGUGAGCAUUAACCAGAAGGAAAGGUAUCGAUCUCGAUCGCAAUCGAGUCGUUCUCAUCUUUGGGACAACGAUGGCGAUGACUAUGAAACGCUAGAAGUGUUCAAGAAUGAUUUCCAGCUGCUGCUCGCUGUGUCGCCAAUGCCCGACGACGCCUUCUGUCCAAAGUCGACGGAUUACCAACUAGCCCUGCAUUGGUACAAAAGAUUGAGCACCUGGCAGUGUGAGACACUUGAUGAGCUCCGGAUGCGCCAUGUCUACAUGAGUCACCUCAGUGUGUGUUUCAAUCAGAAAUCUCUGCGGGGCAUUUUUAAUGAAGUACCUCCGGAUGAACUCGUUUGGGUGGACUUUACUGAAAUACUUGAUUCAAAAUCACUCAACACAUCUGCAAUAGCAAACAUCAGUGCCUGGCAAACGAUGAACAGCCUGAUGCUGCAAAAGUCGGAGAUAUUCGGUUGCACUUGCAGCAAUCGGACAUCAAGAACUGAGCAACAAUCUUGUGAUGUGUCAGCAACUGAUUCCCGCUAUGCUGGUGGCUGCAGCAAGCGACGGGUUGCACACAAGACCCCCUUGCACACGAUGAAAUAUAGAUCGAGGCCCAAACUUGUGCCCAGGCAUUUUGCUCAGCUACACGCCUCGUCGUUCACAUCAAGCAAUCUCUCAUAUAUCCCACAUUGCAGCACCAGCUCCAGUCUCCAGUUGUCAGUCCGUACAGAAGUUCCAGUGCCAGUGCCGGCACGUGGUAAAUCCGAGCAAUUUAAGAUUAUUGGACACAGAAAUCACCGCAAGCCGAUGGACGAGCAUGUGCGCAGGAAUAUGAACUACCUGCUGGAGACUAUCAAGGCUGAACUGCGCGGCGAGACAUGUCGGGAGACGAAUGAAAUCCUCGAGUUAGAGUUGAGCCGCUAUCGAGAAUUGUAUGCACGACACAGACCCAAAGAUCCCCAAUUGAAAGCAAAUUUGUGUUCUGGUCCCGAAGAAAAUCGCAUCUAUAUGCUCCUGAAGAUGCAAAACGCUUUAGUCAAACUUUUAUCAAAUUGAAAACUAACCACUUCAAUCACCCUCUCAUCUCCUGUGCUUGAUUUUCCAGUUAUUUGGCUGAGUAAUAAACAUUAGGCGCUGAUAUCAUGCGAGAGAGUCUCGAUAACUUAGUCACUACUUGAAUUGAGGAUAAGGCUACUAUUUAAAUUAAGUGGAAAAUUACUUUUCGUAUGAUUAAAUGAAUAUUUCUCUCAGC